GAAUCGAGAUUCAAAUCAGCCGAGAGACCAAAAACUACUGGUGAAGCUAUUGUGAUCGACAUCGACAGUAAACCAUUUGAUAGGCAGUCAUCACAGGCUCAAGCUUCAUCUUCAACAUCUUAUCGAGUCUCUGUACAUUCUACACUGCCUACACAACCUACACAGCCUGUUAUUCCAGGUGAUGGAGUCUCUUCGCAGCACGGUGUUCCAUCUUCAUCAUCUAAUGGAGUCUCUUCGCAGCAUGUUGUAUCAUCUUCAUCAUCUGAUGGGGUAUCUUCUCAGCCCGCCGUUCCAUUUUCAUCAUCUGGUGCAGUCUCUUCACAACAAAUUGGACGUAGUACUAGCAAUGAAGAGCCUCAUUGGUUUGUCGAUGUUAUAGAUGAACGUCAAGUAAUAAAAGCAAUUAGAUUGAAGGUUAAGGAUGUCCAUAACUUGGAUAAAGGAUUGCAUAUAAUUGUAGAAUUUGAUGAAUAUCAUGCAGCAAUUGGGAAGUUGGCUGGCCUAAUUGCUGGAGUUUUAGGGCAGCUUGCAACAAAUCCUAUGUAUUUUCCUAUUGGCUUUGAGAAAUGGCCAUCCAUGCCCAAAUCUUUUCUGGACCGUGUUUUUAAUGAUAUAAUAGUGCCUCGGUUUUUCUUUAGGAUUGAUCAACAAAAGGCAAAGGCAUGGCUUAACAGUUCCAUUAACGAACCGUGGAGGGAGUACAGGCUUAAACUAUGGAAGGAGGCUCAAGAUCCUUUAUUAAGUAAACAAGAUAUCAUCAAGAACGUUCCGGAUGGCAUACCGAUGGACCAAUGGGCACUUUAUGUUACUUAUCGGAUGAAAGAGGAGGCAAAGGAGCAUUGCAAGAAGAAUGCACAGAUUCGAAAAAACCAGCUUCCUCAUACUUGUGGUGCUAUGAGUUCUGCUAGAAGAAGGGCUGCAAUGAAGGCGAUGGGAAAAGCUUUUGAUCGAGGCAAAAUGUGGACUGAGACUCAUAAAAGGAAAGAUGGGAGUUAUGUAACUGAUGAGGCUAGGGUGAUUGGGGAAAGAAUUGAAGAAAUUCGAAGUGAUAGAGCAGAAAGUCUUGAUGAACCUUCACCAAAUGAUGCACUUGGCAUAGUAUUUGGUCGCGAGCACCCCGUCCGUGUUCGAGGUUUAGGCUUGGGUGUAGUUCCAACUGUAGCAUUCAAACAGACAUCUAUGAGAUAUCAUCGUAGUUAUGUGGGUUCAUCUAGCACUACCGCUCCAACUCUGGAGUGGCAGCAAGAGAUGAUAGAUGUGAAAUCAAAAUUAAAUGCAUUGAUUAGCUUAUAUGAAAGGAACAUAGGGAAUAUCCUCGAGGAGUUUGCUCACUUAUUAUCCACUCCUCCACAGGUAUAAGUUCUCUUAUU